CUGCCGCCGUCGCCCGCCAGGCUGCGUUCGGUUCGUCAGUGUUCAGUUCCUUCGUACCCAUCGCCGCUUCUAAACCUUGCUACGGGAUCGGAUCCUGCCGGGAAAAUGUCUGAAGAGUUUUCGUUGGCAGAUGCACUACCCGAACACUCCCCUGCCAAAACCUCUACUGUUAGCAAUACAAAACCUGGUCAACCUCCUCAAGGCUGGCCAAGUUCCAACCCUUGGAAUAACCCAAGUGCUCCACCUUCUGUGCCGUCUGGACUCCCACCAAGUGCAACACCUUCUGUGCCUUUUGGACCUGCACCAACUGGAAUGUAUCCCUCUGUGCCUCCCACCGGACCGCCUCCAGCACCUUUUCCUCCUUCUGGACCAUCAUGUCCUCCACCUGGUGGUCCUUACCCAGCCCCAAGUGUGCCAGGCCCUGGCCCCACUGGGCCAUAUCCUACACCAAAUAUGCCCUUUCCAGAGCUUCCUAGACCAUAUGGUGCACCCACAGAUCCAGCUGCAGCUGGUCCUUUAGGUCCAUGGGGUUCCAUGUCUUCUGGACCAUGGGCACCAGGAAUGGGAGGGCAGUAUCCUACCCCUAAUAUGCCAUACCCAUCUCCAGGGCCAUAUCCCAUUCCUCCUCCUCCCCAAGCACCAGGGGGAGCACCACCUGUACCAUGGGGCACUGUCCCACCAGGAGCGUGGGGACCACCAGCACCAUAUCCUGCCCCUGCAGGCUCAUAUCCCACACCAGGACUCUAUCCUACCCCCAGUAAUCCUUUUCAAGUGCCUUCGGGACCUUCUGGUGCUCCACCAAUGCCUGGUGGCCCCCAUUCUUACCAUUAAGUUAAUGGAUGAAGAGAUGACGCUUUGCUUUUUGAAGUACAUAUAUAUAUGCACAUGACUGCAUAUAUAAAAAUUGCUGAUUUCACUAUUCUUAGAGGGCAUUCGUGAAAGAACAACUCUUGCACCUCUCAGAGAAGAUAUCUGCCUCUUGUACUUGGAUGUACAUUUGGAACAAUCAGAUAAAAACGUAAAUCAUUCAAAUGUGAUUUUUAUUUGGUUUUCAUGGAAAGUUAAAGUGAUUAAGUAUAUUGAAUAGCUCUUUAAUAGAAUUUGUUUAAAACAUGAAACUACACACUUAAAAAUCUAAGAUGAUGUGGACUGUUGUUAGAAUCUAUUUCAUUGGCAAGUUAGUUCAAGUAUUUUUCUAUGAUCACUUUUUCCCUAAAUAAACACACUUUGAAAACAGUCAUAUGGCCAUAAUUUAAACAAGUGAUGCCUCUAAACAUUUUGAGCUGCUCUAUCUAUAGGAUAAAUAAAUCUGGUCCUCUUGAGGUUAUAUUUUGGAUAUACAUUUUAAAACUGUCAGUAAUUAUUGCCACAUGUUGAGUUAAUUAACCAGCCAAUGUUCUUUGUUAUCCUUGAGCUUUGAUUAGAAAAAACUUUUUCUUCAUUUUGAGUUCCACUUAGCCUGUUUUGUUUUUAGCCAGAUGGGUCGUACACCUGUAAAAUCUGCCAUUUUUGAAAAAAACAAUUCUUUU